AUGACCCAUAGACCUGAACGACACAACCUCUGGCCCACUCCAGCGAUAGACGCUGAACGUGUGUGUUCAAAGAACGCCAAAGUUCCAGGAGCAGGUAGCAACGGCACCCUGUUUAUUCGUGGGCCUUGCAGGCCGAACACGAACCGAGAGCCCGAUAUAUCGAGACGUAUCUCGUUCAACAGAGAUCGAGAUCAGAAUCGAGGACGUCGUGGUGGUGGUAGCCGAGGAGGAAGCCGUGGUUCUGGAAGUGACAGUGGGUCGAGGUUCGGAGGUCGGGGAGGUGGUGGAUCUGGUAAUCUGAAAGGAAAACAGCCAGGCAGUGCCUUGCGGAAACUCAACUGGGAUGUGAGAUCUCUGGAGCCAUUACGGAAAGACUUUUAUGUAGAACAUCCAUCCGUUAGAACAAGAUCAAGAGAAGAAGUGGAUCGAUUCAGAGAAGCUGCAGAAAUUACCGUCAAAGGAGAUAAAGUUCCAAAUCCGAUACAAUAUUUUGAAGAAGGGAACUUUCCUUCGUACGUUAUGGAAGGGAUCCGCAGGCAGGGUUACGCACAACCUACCGCUAUUCAAGCACAGGGGUGGCCAAUUGCGCUUGGUGGAAAAGAUCUAGUCGCUAUAGCACAAACUGGAUCUGGGAAAACACUCGGCUACAUACUGCCAGCUAUAGUACACAUCAUAAAUCAACCUCGGCUGAACAGUGGUGAUGGUCCUAUUGCUCUGAUACUUGCCCCUACCAGAGAACUGGCUCAACAGAUUCAAGAAGUUGCAAAUUGCUUUGGAGAAACAGCCUCCGUAAGGAACACAUGUGUCUUUGGUGGGGCACCAAAGGGCCCACAGGCUCAUGACCUUGAAAGAGGUGUAGAGAUUUGUAUAGCAACACCAGGAAGACUUAUUGAUUUUCUAGAAAAAGGGACAACCAAUCUGCGUAGAUGCACAUAUCUCGUUUUGGAUGAAGCAGAUAGAAUGCUCGAUAUGGGUUUCGAGCCGCAAAUUCGCAGAAUCAUUGAACAAAUUAGGCCUGAUCGUCAAGUUUUGAUGUGGUCAGCAACAUGGCCAAAAGAAGUACGUGCACUAGCAGAAGAUUUCUUGUCCAACUAUACGCAUCUCAAUAUCGGAUCUUUGACGUUGUCAGCAAACCACAACAUCAUUCAAAUAGUGGACGUUUGUCAGGAGUUUGAAAAAGACAUGAAGUUGUUCAGGCUUCUCCAAGAAAUUGGCACAGAAAAAGAAAACAAAACUAUAAUAUUUGUGGAGACCAAGAGAAAGGUAGACGAUAUCACACGAAAUAUCAGGCGAGAUGGCUGGCAAGCUCUAAGUAUUCAUGGAGAUAAAAAUCAACAAGAGAGAGAUCAUGUCUUGCAAGAAUUUCGUAGUGGAAGAGCACCGAUUUUAGUUGCCACCGACGUAGCAGCCCGUGGGUUAGCGGAACUAAUGCACUCGUCAGGUCUAAACCCUAAAAUGCUGCCUUUAUCCCACAUCAGACACAAUCGCUGUGUCUGUCUAACUGCUAGGCUGAUACUAAAUUUCUAUAACAAACCAACUGAAAUUGGCAUCGCACCAUUCUGUAUGCAAAUGAAGUCCAUCUCGCCGUUCGAGUCGGGACUUGCAGGCGAAAGACAUAUUUUAGAUUUCUUCCCCUAUGUUUCUGAUUUGAUUUAUUUGUGUGAAGUUCACCAAGUUCUCCAUGUCUUUCAGGCCUUGGUUACCCAAACUAACAUAGAAUUGAAAAUCACACGCAAUUAA